AUGAACGUGGAAGUGCAGAAAAUAUAUGAAGCAAAUGCCAGAAGGUUUUCUCGGAAAACUGUCUUGCAGCUAAGCUGGAGAAUUCUGGAUAUUCUGAAAUAUAUUCACGAGCACGAGUAUGUACCUGGAGAUAUCAAGGCCUCAAAUCUUCUUUUGAGCUACAAGAAUCCUGACCAGGUGUACUUGGUAGAUUAUGGCCUUGCUUACCGGUAUUGCCCAGAAGGAAUUAAUAAAGAAUACAAAGAAGACCCCAAAAGAUGUCACGAUGGCACUAUUGAAUUCACCAGCAUCGAUGCACACAAGGGUGUAGCCCCGUCAAGACGUGGUGAUUUGGAAAUCCUUGGUUAUUGCAUGAUCCAGUGGCUUAGUGGCCAUCUUCCUUGGGAGGAUAAUUUGAAAGAUCCUAACUAUGUUAGAGAUUCCAAAAUUAGAUACAGAGAAAACAUUGCAGAUUUGAUGGACAGAUGUUUUCCCGAGAGAAACAAGCCAGAUGAGAUUGCUAAAUACAUGGAAACAGUGAAAUUACUGGACUAUGCCGAGAAACCUCUUUAUCAGAACUUGCGAGACACUCUCCUGCAAGGACUGAGAGCUAUAGGAAGCAAGGAUGAUGGCAAGCUGGACCUCAGCCUUGUGGAGAAUGGAGGCUUGAGAACAAAGUCAAUAACGAAGCGCAAGAAAGGAAUUGAGGAGAGCACCAAAUCCAGUGUCGAAGAUAUGGAAUGCUCCGAUACACAGACAGAAGAGGCCACAAAAACCCGUUCAAAAGCCAGAAAGAGAGUCCAGAAGUAAAUCAAAUGCUGUAAAUCGACUUUUCUUCCUGUCAUUUGACUUACUCCUCUUUUUCUAUUUUAAAUGUUAUAUUUUCAUGUGAGUCUUUGAGGAUGGGGCUGACCAUGAAAUAACUAUGUCUUUGAAAAAUAUAAACUUUUUUUUUAUUAAGUAAA